CUAAAAAGCACCUCGACAAAGUGAUUGAUCAGUUCACACACGUAUUGCGAGACGCAGUCAGGCGUCGCGCAUCAACCACUGAAGCCAAGGCCACAAUACGCUAAAACUGUGCAGCCGUGCAACAAGCACAGCAACAGCGCACCACACGUGCACCGAUGCACCUCGUCGUCGCCGCAGCGCUCGCCGCGCGCGCGACGUUCGCCUGGACACCAGCACCACCCAGCGCGCGCCGCACACCGCUGCUCGCCGCCGAGGAGACCGACGCCCUCGCGCAAAUACAAAGUCUGGAAGAACUGGAAGCGGACUACUGGUCGUCGCUGGACGACGUGGAGCGGCAGAUCCAGGGGGCCUCGCGGAGCGGCGCCGCCUUCCUGAGGCAGGGCGAUCUCGAGGGCGCCCUCGAGCAGUUCGACCGGGCCCAGCAGCUCUCGAAGAAUUCGAGGUAUGAGUGGCACCGCGGCAUUUGCCUGUACUACUUGGAUCGGUUCGACGACGCGCGCGUCGACUUUGUGGAGAACGCUUUGAGAUAUGAGGAGCGCUUUUUCGAACCCGCCUCGGAGGAGCGACUCUUCGCGCAAGCCUGCGCGCUGCGCGGCGCCAAAGGCGACGAUUUCGCGGCGGCGUCGGAAUUGCGCGAGACGCGGCCCGUCCUGCGGGCCUGCGCGGCGUUAUAUGGAGGCGACGUGAAUGCAGCAAAAACUUUAAGGGAGCUCUGCGACCGCACCGACUCCGUCGACGCGCUGCGACGGCGGCUGCUGGGCCACUUCUACGCGGGCUUAUAUCAUGACGCCCUUAAUGAUGCAGAGCGAGCGAGAGCGCACCUCGCUUUAGCGGCAGAACGCGUAUCAGCAGAUGAUCAGGAUUUUACGGCUCGAUUACCGCGCCUCCACGCGUCUGUCAGAAACUGGUCCCUCGACGACGUGCCCCAAGACGCGUUACAGAAAGCAUCAAUGUUUGACCUCGGUUCCCAGGGCAUGGAGGACAUCCUCGACGACCCCGACACGAUGCGCGAGGGCAUCGACGCCAUGACUGUGGCCAUGUUGAAAGAAGCUUUAAAAGCUAGAGGGCUGAAGCGGACGGGCCUCAAGGCGGAUUUGAAAGCGAGACUGCUGGAGGACCUCGGACUUUAGAGCCGGCCUUUCCGGUCCUCCGUGGCCGUCUCGGCCGCGCGCCUGUGCGUGUACCGUGAGUCGCGGCGAUGGCGCACUGGUGGCGUAGAAGCACUCACGACGACGCGCCGACGCCAAGCUCCGCACGCCAUCGCCGCGAUGGCGCCGAGGCAAUCACCAGGAAG